UUUCUAAACCAAAGGUGAGCUUUCAUCUUUCGCUCUCAUCAGUUUGAUUCUACGUUGGCGUGUUUGUAUGAACUGCCCAGGGAAGCUGAGCUGAAAGGAUUUGGCCUCCCGUGUUCCGGGGCUUGUUUAUGAUAUCCACGCCAGGGUUUAAAGCAGGGCCACCUAGACACAGCCUCCAGGCCAGCCUUUUGCUGCCUGUUUGCGGUGAUUUGGGAUUUGUGGAAUGGGAAGUGCAGAGCUCCGGGACAGGAUGUGGAGUCACUGCAGGAUCGUACAGCCCCCCUACUCUUGGCAUAGCUGGCGUGCGCCUGCAUGAGCGCCUCGUCUCUGGAGAAGAUACACUGUAGAACCGGAUCGCUUUGUGGCAUCUGGAAAUCUCAGUGUUCCCGAGCCCUCUACGUGAGAGUAAGUCUAAACCCAGAUUCAGGUGAUGGCUCACCUCUGGACUCUCCUGUCAGCAGGCCUGCUGCUGAUGUCCAUGGCUGAACCUCUGAGCAGCCCUGAGGAAAAUGACAACGAAGUAGUGAAACACACAGUGUUCACUAAGAGCCAGACCCAGGUGAACGAGAGUGCACUCAGAAAUGUCAGUGAACCAACACCAAGCCACACACCUACAACCUCAGCUCCUUUGACUACCACAACUUCCCCAAACUCUAGCCUUGCUCCACAGUGUCCAGGAAACCAGCUGAUGCAUGAGAGCAGCAAUGUCUGCAUCUGUCCAUCCAUCAUGGUAAAGGAUGGUGACAACUGUACUUGCCCCAAGGGCUUCACCUUGGGAGGAGCAGCCGAGUGUAAAGAUGUUGAUGAGUGCGAAGGAGAGAGACCAGGACCAUGUGGCCUCCAUGCCAGCUGCAUUAAUAACCCCGGCUCUUACUCGUGUAGCUGUCUCCGUGGUUACCUGAUGGGUUCUGAGGGGUGCCAGGAUGUUGACGAGUGCGCUUUGGCCGCUGUGACAGGCCUGCAAGCCUGUCAAGGCGAGGCUGAGUGCAAAAACACACCUGGCUCCUUCACCUGUUCGUGCCCUGAGGGAUAUGUGAUGACUACAAAUGGGCGAGGCUGUGUAGAUGUGGAUGAGUGCGGCUUUGAGGAGCUGUGUCGCCGCGAGCUGGGAAAUGUGUGCGUUAACACUCCUGGCAGCUUUUCAUGCCAGUGCCAGCUGGGCUUCAGAGCAGAGACUUCUGCUUGUGUCGAUGUGGAUGAAUGUAUAGAGAGUCCCGCGGUGUGUGAUGGUCGGAGUGUAUGUGAGAACACGCUUGGGAGCUACAAGUGUGUUUGUCGACCGGGUUACCGGGGAAACGGCACACACUGUGAAGAUGAGAAUGAGUGUGUAUCUGGUGGUCACACGUGUGACGCCAACGCUCGGUGCGGUAACAUCAUCGGGUCAUAUUUCUGUCAGUGUUACCAGGGCUUCAACGGCGAUGGACACUCUUGUUUUGACAUUGAUGAGUGUGUUGUGAACAAUGGUCACUGUGAACACAACUGCACCAAUGAGCCAGGAAGCUACAGCUGCCAGUGUGCCUCGGGUUACCAGCUGGACCCGGACGGACACAGCUGCACAGAUGUGGAUGAGUGCGUGGCAGUAAAUGGGACUUGCGAGCACAUUUGCAUCAAUACUCAGGGCUCUUUCCACUGCUCCUGCAGACCCGGCUACCAGCUGCACAUUGAUGGCCACACCUGCGUGGACAUCGAUGAAUGUAAACUCCAGAAUGGCGGCUGUUCCCACACCUGCACUAAUUCUCCAGGGGGACAUACUUGCCACUGCCCCCCUCCUCUGCUGUUAGACAUAGACAACCUAAACUGCAGGAAUGCUACAUCCUGUAAGCUGAGAAAUGGUGGUUGUGACCAUAUGUGCACUGUAAGGGCUGAGGGCCAUGUUCAGUGCAGCUGUCAAGCUGGCUGGCAACUGGAUGAAGACGCGAGGAGCUGUGUGGAUGUGAACGAGUGUGAAGACUUCACUAAUGGAGGCUGCGAGCAGCUGUGUGUGAACCAUCCUGGUGGGUUUAACUGCACCUGCAAGGAAGGCUAUAUAAUUAGAAAAGAUGACCCCACCAAGUGUCAGCCUGUGUGCGACCCCCCUUGUCAGAACUAUGGAGUGUGUGUUGCCCCGAACAUUUGCGACUGUCCUCCAGGCUAUCCUGGAGUGGGCUGCUCAGCCAUGUGCUCCCCGCCCUGCGCUCAUGGAGGUACCUGUAUGCGCUGGAACGAGUGUUUGUGUCCUCGUGGCUGGACAGGAGCAGGCUGCCACACAGCUGUGUGUGAGUUGCCUUGUGCUAACGGGGGUCGCUGUGUGGGACCUGAUACCUGCCAGUGUCCCUCUGACUACACUGGCCCCCAGUGCCUCUUGCCCCUUUGCACUCCUGCCUGUCAAAAUGGGGGAAGAUGUGUGGACGUCAACAAAUGCACAUGUGUUGGUGGAUGGCAAGGAGCUCGAUGCCAGAUAGAGCCUGUUGUGUGCCAGAAACCUUGCAAAAAUGGUGGCGUGUGUGUGGGCCUCAACCGGUGCCGCUGUACCAAAGGUUUCACUGGAGAGCUCUGUGAACAAGCGGUGACUACACCCUGUGUGCCACCUUGUCAACAUGGAGGCACAUGCAGCCCCCACAGCACUUGUACCUGUCCAGAGGGCACUGCGGGCCUGCACUGUGAGAGACUGACGUGCCCAGUGGUCACUACAAUAGUGAGUAUGGCUCGAGGGGUGAGGAAAGCAUUUAGGGAAAGCUACGUUGACCGCUGUGGACCCUUCGGAGUUCAGCUUUGUACUAAAUACAGGAUAAACCAGGCACGUGUAUACCUGCAGGCCUACAGGGUGGGCUACAAAAUCCAGUGUCCACAGGGGAAGAGCAGAUAAGCAGCGCUGGAUACAGUGAAAGUGGUUUGUCAUAAGAAAAUGUCAUCCUCCAGACAAUCGUUUGGCCAACACAGGAAGAUAGAAAUGGACUGACGUAACAUCGUAUGUAAAGUGCUGAGGGUGUUGCAGCUUCUCUGGGAGAAGUCUUACCUGAUUGUCAGCCCCUGUGUUGAAAUGAAAAUACACUUCUGUCAUUAAGAAGGUUUAUAAUGUCUAUGAAAUCAUGUCAGCGAUGGAAUAAAAAUAUAGACAAGAAAUAUUUGAAGAUGAACUCUCACACAAGCACGCUAAGUAGAUGUUCGAACGGGACAGUUUUUGAGUAUUUCUGUAGUCAUCUCAGAACAGAUCUCAUAACAGCAGCAGUUUUAUUGUAAGCCAUGUUAUCACUGUAGUACUGAUAAUCAACCUUUUAUGAAAUAAGCACAAGUUCAGUGUUUAGUUUGAAAUUCCUGUAAAACAUUAAUCAGCUUGAAAAAGUGAAAAUCAUGAUUUUCCCAACAUGUUUGUUUUGAACGUAUAUUCAAACGAACCCAGUCGCCUCCGUGGCUCGGUUACUACUCAGAUAGCUAACAUCCUGCCUGUUUUUUGUUUUGAGCUCUACUCAUGUUUUUUCUCUAGAUUAACAAUGAUAGCGACAUAAAACAUGCCUAAAGUGACAAAUUCAAAAUAAACUAUUGCCUAUAUUAC